AUGAACGGAGCGAUCAGCACCAACGGUAGAAGCAAUCCCAUCAGAAUAUGGGAACAGAAGGUGUUUACGAUGAUCAGCGUCCCGGGAAUGAUGUUGUUUGAGAAGAUUCCCGUGGUUCCAACGAAAGCUGCUUCCCAGGCUAUAUUUGGAAAGGUCCCAGCAGGUCCUAAAUCUAAGGCUUAUUCGCACAACUGUUGCAUUUGGGAUGUGAACACUGCAGGCAUACUGGUUUCCUACACUCCAAGCACAGAUAUUUUGUCAUUCGAUGUGUGGUCUUAUGACACAAAUAACAGGCUUUUCGCUUUUGCAACAUCAAAUUUUCCUGUCUUUCGGGUAAAUUUUCCGUUCUGUCGGGUAAAUUUUCUUCUGGUCUGCCGAGGAUACGUGAUAUGGUGUAGCGUAACUCGCGAGGCAAACGAGGAUUCUGUAGUCGUCUUUCCAUGUGUCCUUGGACAAGUUUGA